AUGCGAGCUUCACUUCUCUUGACCACGCUUGUGGUCCCCACCGCGCUCGCCUUCCCCUGGCUGAAGCCCGAAGGACUCGAAGCGCUCCUGAACCAUCCGGAAGCGCAAGCUGAGAUCCGUCGUCGCCUCCAGGAGCGCGACGUCGCGCGAGAGGAGCCACGACAGCUCGGGACUGGCUUAGUCCCGGGAGUUAUCGAUCUUCUGGGUGGCACUGUGAAGGCACUCCUGGAUCCUGUAUUAGGUCUUAUUCCUACAAAAGACUCAGUAAACGGACUGAAGAAAUUUCCUGAAGCGAAGUACCCCUUCAAAGCUCCAGGAUCAACUGAUCAGCGCGGCCCUUGCCCUGGCUUAAAUACGCUCGCAAACCAUGGCUAUAUUCCCCGCAACGGUAUCGCUACAGUCGGACAGAUCCAAGCUGGAACACAAGCUCUUUUCAACAUGGGUGCCGAUCUCAGUGCACUCCUUGCCGUCGGCGGUGCGCUCGAUGGCGGCGACAUUGUUUCCACAAAGAUGAGCAUCGGCGGCCCCGACAAACGCGUCGGCGUACUCAACGGCGCACUCAACUCCGUCCUGGGCACACCAUCUGGCAUCGCAGGCCACGGCAAGUUCAACGAAGGCGAUGCUUCCGCCACACGUAUGGACUUCUACCUUAAUGGCGACAACAUCUCGUUUCGCCCUGAGCUCUUCAAGCAAUUGCACCAGCAAGCCCUUGCAAGAGGUAACGGCACAUAUAGCGUCGAUGCGAUCAAGGAACACUUCAAGAAUCGUUACGCAGCAUCCAAAGCAGCAAACUCACAGUUCUAUUUCAACUUGCCCUCCGCCGCCGUCGUUAUGGGUGCAUACUACUUCAUCCCGGGGUUCUUUUCAAACGGCACUAUUGGCGCGGGCGGCAUUGCGAAUGAAGCUUCUGUCACCAGCUUCUAUGGUGCAAAGCCCAAGGCUGGCAAGUGGAGCGAUCCGAACCUCGAGUACACCCACGUUCCGGAGCGCAUUCCUGAGGCAGGCUGGUAUCGUCGCGCUACACCAAUGACAAUCCCCGAGGCCGCUGCCGGCAUCCUAGACGUAUAUCUUUAUGCCAAACCCGCGCUCGGGGGUUCAGGCAAGGACCAGUCGUGGGUCGUUGGACCCGUUGAUAUUCCAAACAAUCCACAGGCACUGAGCUGUUUCCUAUACAACGCCAUCUACGCAAACUUCCCGAGCGAGCUGUUCAACUCAGUGGCCGUGCUAGGAACGGUCGUAAAUUUCUUGAGUAGUACUCUGGUGCCAGGGUACAAGGCUUUGGGUUGCCAGGUCAACUUCCCGGAUGCCAGCGGCUCAGGUUCACGCUCAAGCCGAUAUGAUCAGUGGGCGAAGACGUAUGUUGGCGAGGCAAAGACAAAGGCGGUUGGAAGUGGGUGGUAUAAGAAGAAUUAA